CAGCAAGACCACCAUUAUUCAAACACAACAAUAACUAACAACAAACAAUGGCUUCUUUACAGAUCAUCGCAUCAUCAUCAUCAUCAGUGUUUUCUUCUUCUUCACAGAGAAUCAAAUCCUCCAUCCAAUUCCCAAAGCUCCCUAAUAGAGUUCCUCCUUCUUAUAAUUAUGUACCAAGCAGAAAGCUAUUUGAGGAGCUCAACGGUUUCCGUUUCACAACCCCACCAACCUUUCAACAAGAUUCUUCUUCUUCUUCAUCAUCGUCGUCAUCCAACACAACUCAACAACUCUAUGCAAUUCUAGAGGCUGUAGCUGACAGGGUUGAACUGCACCACAACGUUGCCGACCAGCGUAACAACUGGAACACCCUCCUCUUGAACAACAUCAACAUGCUCACCCUCACUGCCACCGCCAUGGCCGCCAUGGCUGCCGCCACACCACUCUUGGAACUCAAGAUAUCCUCCACGCUCUUGUUCUCCGCCGCCACGGGAAUGAUGCUGGUGGUAAACAAGAUCCAACCCUCCCAGCUGGCGGAGGAACAAAGAAACGCCACGAGGCUCUUCAAGCAGCUCCAGUCUCAAAUCGAAACCACAAUAGCACUUGGAAACGCUAACCAGGAAGAUGUGAAGAAGGCGAUGGAGAAGGUUCUGGCACUUGACAAAGCCUACCCUCUUCCAUUAUUGGGUGUUAUGAUCGAAAAAUUCCCUUCCAAAUUUGAACCUGCAGUUUGGUGGCCGCAACAACAACCAUUAUCACCAUCUUCAAAGCGAAGAAGUGGAAGAAGAAAUGGGUGGAACGAAGGGCUAGAAAGGGAACUGAAGGACGUAUUGGAAGUGGUGAAGAGAAAAGACAUGGAAGACUAUGACAGGCUUGGGAACAUGGUUUUGAAGAUCCACAAGAGCCUUGCAAUUGCAGGGCCAUUACUGAGUGGAAUUGCGGCGGUUGGUUCUAUGUUUGUCAGUGAAGGGUCGUCGUGGGUUGCCAUGGUUACGGUUAUGGCUGGGGCUUUGGCAACUGCGGUGAAUGCGUUGGAGCAUGGUGGACAAGUGGGGAUGGUGUCUGAGAUGUACAGAAACACUGGUGGAUUCUUCAGGCUUCUAGAAGAUUCGAUUGAAGAGGAGGUUGAGGAAGAAAGAGAGAAUGGGGAGUUGUUUGAGAUGAAAGUGGCUUUGAAGCUUGGAAGAAGCGUUUCACAGUUAAGACAACUUGCAAAAAAAUCAUCUUAUUCUCGUGUUGAGGGGACUCCCACUAAUGAUGAAUUCGCUAGCAAGAUCUUCUAAUAAUAAAAUUAAUUCAUCUAAUAAUUCUUUAAGUUCA